CGCGCCCCGGCAUGGGCAGCCGCGGGGCCCGGCGAUGAGCGCUCCCCCGGCCGCGACCCCCCGCGCGAAUAUGGGCACAGCCGUGUCCAAAAGGAAGACGCUCAGGAACGAGGCCAUGUCGUCCGUGGCGGCCAAAGUGAGAGCGGCGAGGGCUUUUGGAGAAUACCUUUCACAAAACCAUCCUGAAGGCAGGAAUGGCUCAGAUCACCUGCUAGCAGACUCCUACAUCGGGCAGGAGGACUCCCCUGAGCUGCAGCAGGUGGCCCAGAACAAGCGCAGGCUCUCGGUCAUCUCGGACGGCAAAUUCGAGAGGAGCUUCACCGAGGAGCAGGCGGAGAAGCUGCCGAGCGAGGGCCCCAAGCCACGGGUGUACACCAUCUCUGGGGAGAGGCCCAUGCUGUCAGAGCACGAGAACGACAGCAUGGAGCUGGUGGUGAUGAAGGGAGCUGCCCACGAGGAGUGUCACCACGGGCACCACGCGCACGGCGCCGCCGGCUCGCACGGCGCCCGCCACUGCAAGGCCUGGCCUGGCGGCCGCCAGGGCUCCAAGGAGUGCCCCAACUGCUCCAGGCUGGCUGCCCCUUCCCCGCAGUCCAUCGAGCUGGAGCAGCACCCACCUGGCGAGGCUGGGUGGCACAGGAAGAGGCUGGAGAGGAUGUACAGUGUGGAUCGAGUGUCUGAUGAUGUCCCCAUACGAACCUGGUUCCCAAAGGAGAACCUCUUCAGUUUUCACACUGCUACCACAACUAUGCAAGCCAUCUCGGCGUUCAGGGGCUACGCAGAGAGGAAGAGACGGAAACGAGAGAAUGAUUCUGCAGCUCUUAUCCAGAGGAAUUUUCGGAAGCACCUCCGCAUGGUGGGGAGCCGAAGGGUUAAAGCACAAACAUUUGCCGAACGGCGUGAGAGGAGCUUCAGCAGGUCCUGGAGUGACCCGACUCCCAUCAAAGCUGAUUCCUUCCAUGACUCUCGAGAAAGCCAUGACCUUCAGGAUUCCUGCGGGACUCUGGAUGGUGACUUUGACUUGAACUGGGAAGCAGAAAAGGAACUUGAAGCCAUGGCAUGUGACGGAGAAGACUUUAUUCCACCAAAAAUAAUGCUCAUCUCUUCCAAGGUGCCCAAAGCAGAGUAUGUCCCAACAAUCAUCCGCAGGGACGACCCCUCCAUCAUCCCCAUCCUCUAUGACCAUGAACACGCCACCUUUGAUGACAUCCUGGAGGAAAUAGAGAAGAAGCUGAACAUUUAUCGGAAAGGCUGCAAAAUCUGGAAGAUGCUGAUAUUUUGCCAGGGAGGCCCCGGGCACUUAUACUUGUUAAAGAACAAAGUUGCCACUUUUGCCAAAGUGGAGAAGGAGGAAGAUCUGAUCCUCUUCUGGAAGAGGUUGAGCAGGCUGAUGAGUAAAGUCAAUCCUGAACCAAAUAUCAUCCACAUCAUGGGCUGCUAUGUUCUUGGAAACCCCAAUGGGGAGAAGCUAUUUCAGAAUCUGAAAAACUUAAUGAAUCCUUAUAGGGUUGCCUUUGAGUCUCCACUUGAACUAUCAGCUCAAGGUAAGCAAAUGAUUGAGACUUACUUUGACUUCCGCCUUUACCGCCUCUGGAAGACCCGCCAGCACUCCAAACUGUUGGAUUACGAUGACAUUUUAUGAGCUGGAGAAGCCUUUGCAAGAGGAAGCUCAUCACCAGUGUCCAAGAAGUCAUGCUUUAUUGCAGAGAGACUUUUUUAUUGGCACGGGGAGCCCUUCACAGCCCUACAGGAGGCAGCAGCGCUAAAGGGAGGGAAGGAGGAGCCCUCGGAAGCAGGAAAAGGCUCCUGGGCCAGGAGAGACUGGAGGGAAGGGGGUGACAAUGACGGUGACACCUCGCUGGCCUCAGUCCGAGCCCCGGGGCCUCAGGAGGAGCUGUGUGAAACGAGGACAGGAUGGAGUUCCUGGCAGAACUGAGCUGUUUUGGGUCAGAAUGGGCCAGAUUUGAUUCCAGGUCCUUUUAAAGACUUUUGAAGCUCAGGUUUUCUUACAAAAAAAAAAAAAAAAAACAAACCACAAACCCAAUUAACCCAUGCACUACAGUGAAGAAGUCACCGGAGCACAGAGGGAGCAGGGGGUUGUCCUGGUGGGACUUUCUGGGAGUCCUGGAGAGCAAGGACUGCUACACCUACUCCUGCAAGCUUAGAGCAAGAUGAUCCCAUUUCCAUGUGAAUAUAUACUGGGAUAUAGAAUUGAAAUCUUCUUUUUGUUUGUUUUGUUUAAUAGAAAAUAAGUGCAAUUUUUAUAGCAAGGGAGGGGGUAAAAUCCCUCCUGAUAUUUAAUUAGUUAAAAAUAACACACCAUAACCAAUAGAUGAGGUAUUUUUGGUCUGCUUGAAAAUAUAUUCAGAAUGGUAAUAUAUCUUCUGUAGACAUAUUUAAUCACCAGCAAACAUGGUUUUAACAUAAGUUAGCAGACCCUGCAUGUCUGCUGCAUUGGUUUGGUUCCUUUCAGAGUAGCUGUGCUGCACUACC